GAAUCCCAAGAGAUUUUCGGUUGAUGCGAAUAAACUGCAUGGUUGUGCGAUGCGCGAUGAUACGGUGGCGGCGGUACGUAAGGGAUGCAGGCUUCGAACCCGGUGGUGAUCCGACGAUCGCACCGGGCUUCGGAGUCGGCUCUCAGUGUCGCUUAAGUCGCGGCGCGCGUUGGUCGUGCGUCGAGCGCGCGUUCAGUGAUGACUACGAGAUGAGGCUGUCGGUGGUGCUACUGUGGCUGGGCGCGGCGGCGGCAUGUGGCCCCGGCCGUGGCUUCAAUAGCCGCCCCCCGAUGCGACGUGUCGAUCCCUUCGUCAACGGCCAGCACGAUCCCAACACCAGUGAAAACAACAGAAUGGCCAGCGGCCCUUCGGAGGGCCGCAUCACCAGACACGACGAGAAGUUCAAAGACUUAGUGCCUAAUUAUAACCCGGACAUCGACUUCAAGGAUGACGAGGGUACCGGUGCUGAUCGCCUGAUGACACAGAGAUGCAAAGAGAAAUUAAAUACUCUUGCGAUCAGCGUAAUGAACCAAUGGCCGGGUGUGCGGCUGAGGGUCAUCGAGGGUUGGGAUGAAGAAGACUCCCACGGCGAAGAUUCAUUACACUACGAGGGUAGAGCGGUAGAUGUUACCACCAGUGACAAAGACAAAAGCAAACUCGGCAUGCUGGCGUGGCUGGCCCGCCAGGCAGGCUUCGACUGGGUCUACAAUCACGGCCGGUCUUAUGUGCACUGCUCAGUCAAAACAGAAUCUUCAGUUGGAACCGGCGCUGGCUGCUUUCCUUCUGGAUCUGUGGUGUACACGACUAAUGGGACACGUGAUAUAUCUACAAUCCGAAAGGGUGAUCGCGUUUUAGCAGCAGACGAUGAUGGGAAACUUAUAUAUUCUGAGGUUCUAACAUUCAUCGAUCGAGACCCAAAUGCCACAAGGCAAUUUAUCACAAUAAUUGCGGAAAACGGUGUGGCAAUCUCGACAACGCCGUCUCAUCUUUUACUCCUCGCAGCUGCCGACGGCUGGCGGGAAUCCUUUGCGACUAACGUCCAAAUCGGCGAUGUCCUCUUAACAAGAGGGCCGGGGAGUGUAAUGCGACCGUCGAGGGUGGUGAAAACUCGAAUUACAUCGAAACGUGGUGUUUACGCACCUCUAACUAAAUCUGGGACUAUAAUAGUAGAUGAUGCUUUAGCGUCCUGUUAUGCGCUCGUCAGGAGUCACUCGCUAGCUCACGUGGCAAUGGCUCCUCUAAGAUGGAUGGCAGGUUGGAGUAGUUCUAAGGAGGUGUCACGUGGCGUUCAUUGGUAUGCUAAUGCGUUGUACUCUUUCGGAGACUUAAUACUGCCGUCAUCGUAUAAAUAUCAGUAGAAAAUUGUAAUAGUGCAUGGUGCAAAUUGUUAAA